AGUUCAUGUAGGAAGAGAAGGCUAAUUCAAAGAAAAAGCCAGGCAAGUUCCCUUUCUCUGUAGGAAUAAUUAUUAUGCCCUUUCACCAUGGCCCACCUGGGAGCACAUUUUGCCUUUAGAUCCCGCUGGCAGAAGACCGACGAUGAACUCUGUCGACACAGCAUGUCCUUUAUUCUUCACAAAGCCAUUUGCAAUGACUUCUUUCAGAGCUAUCUCUACCUGCUGGAAAAUAUCCCCCUGGUGAAAUUGUAUGCUUUAACAAGUCAAGUCAUCAAUGGAGAGAUGCAGUUCUAUGCCAGAGCUAAGCUUUUCUAUCAAGAAGUACCAGCUACAGAAGAGGGUAUGAUGGGAAAUUUCAUUGAACUGUCCGACCCAGAUAUUGAGGCCUCUCGGGAAUUUCUUAGGAAAUUUGUUGGGUUGUGGAUACUGAGGCUUGGAGAGGUUAAGCAAGUUGUCAAGGUUAUACAGCUGGGGCCCGGGAGAGCUGGGACAGACUGUGCCUUGGAUUGCGGCUCUGGGAUAGGAAGGGUCAGCAAGCAUGUCUUGUUGCCGGUUUUCAACACCGUGGAACUGGUGGACAUGAUGGAAUCCUUCCUCCUCGAAGCCCAGAACUACCUGCAGGUCAAAGGGGACAAGGUAGAAAGCUACCACUGCCAAAGCCUGCAGGAAUUCACACCCCCACUGGGGCGAUACGAUGUCAUCUGGAUUCAGUGGGUCUCUGGGUACCUGACCGACAAAGACCUUCUUGCAUUUCUUUGCCGGUGCCGAGAUGGCCUGAAAGAAAACGGCAUCAUCAUACUGAAGGACAAUGUGGCUCGGGAAGGCUGCAUCUUCGAUCUCUCCGAUAGCAGCGUGACUCGGGACAUGGACAUCUUCCGGAGCCUCUUUAGGAAGAGUGGGCUGGUGGUGCUGGGCCAGAAGAAGCAGGAAGGCUUUCCAGAGCAGUGCAUUCCGGUGUGGAUGUUUGCGUUGCACAGCGAUGGACGCUCCUGACCGGCAGUGGGGGUAAAGGGCUUCAUUGCACAGUGGUGUGGGAGGAGGUGCUCUCCUCUGAGGCGCCCCCGGGUAUUUCAUGCAGAAAUCAAGGGAAGUGUUUGGAAAUGAUUGAUGUAAUGUGUAUGUUUCCAUUAAUUAUGUAAAUCCAUGCACACACUCGGUGGAUUUUCCAAAAGAUAAAUGGAAUGUGACAUCUGGAAAAAUGCUCUAAGAAACUGCUUGUAUACACCUAAGCUGUACACACACACACACACACACACACACACACACACACACACACACACACAAAACAGAAAAGGGAGCAAUGUGCACAAAGUCUAAACUACUUUGGUUUCUGAAGGUUUGCAUUAUAGAGUAGGUUAUGGUGGGUGGGGUAAAGUCUAGACCACCUUUCUCUGCCCUCAUGCUAGUUAUAUUAUACUUCCUUCCUCUUUGGGUAUACUGCUUCUCUCAGACAAAAA